AUGGGCCACGCUGCUUCGAAAUCUGCAAAAUCUGCCUCGGCCGCCGUGCCCAGAGCGCCUAAACCUCCAGAGAGGCCAGAACAGCUGCUUGCAAAUCUCACAAAACUCGGCCAGGUCGCCGUAGACUCGCCCAUGGUCCUUCAGAAAACCCACGCACAAAUGACGCACAUCGUCCGCACACGGGCCCAGUCUGAAAACACGACGCUCACCAACAAACUCGACGCAUACGCCCUCUCACACCUCUACGACAUGGCAAAAGACGUCAAAAAUCCAGACACUCUCGCACAGCAAUUCAAACUGGACCCACAAACCACCCGUAGACUCCUGCAGCGUUACAACUCGCCCUCGAUUGGACGCACAAACCAAAUCACACUCAAGGAUGGAGAAAUCAGAGUCUACAAGGAAGCUAUCUGGGUCUAG